AUGAAAUAUUGUGCAGCGAAAAUUGAAAGGCUCUCAAAAACCGUUGGUGUUAGAACAGAAUUCGAUCAAAUAACUACUGUCGCUUUAACACUGCAACGAAUUUUCGGCCAGCAAGUUCUCGAUCCAGAAUGGACUUGGAGAAAACACUUAAUACAUCAGCUUUCCAAUUUAGUUUUAUUUGUUUACGUCUUCUUCGGAACUCUUGAAUGUCUUAAGACAACGGAUGAUUCUGACCUUGCAGCUGAAGCGUCCUACACUUUGAUCAUGAUUGCCUUAUUUCCAAUUAAAAUGCUUCUUUUUAUUGAAAACAGAUAUAUAUUUCGAAAGCUAUAUAUUACAGCUAAAACUACUCUUGUUGAAGUUAUAAAAGCCGACGCUACCGCAAACUUGAUUAAUGCAUUUAAAACUGCUCAGAAAAUUGUUAAUACAUUAUUUCUGCUUGUAUUAGUCCCAAUAUCUAUAUACGAAAUAACAACAUUAUGGUAUUAUCUUCACGGAAUAAGACCUUUGCUGUCGAGGUCCACAGUUACUUUAAUGCCCAUGACCACACCUUAUUACGAAUUAGCUUGGAUUCUGCAUAGCAUUUUCUUGUUUGAAGUAUCGACCACUAUAAUUUUGGAUAUGUGGUUUGUUAUGUUGAUUUUCUUUUUAUCUGUGGCCAGCGAUAGUUUAGUGAAAGUUUUGAUAGUGCCUCGCAAAGCUGAUAACGAGAGCCAUGUAGAUUAUGCAAAACGUUUGAACGAAAGUCUACGUAACUUUUACAAGAUACAUGUAAAGCAAGUGGAAUACAUGAAUGAACUAAGCAGCAUGUACAAGUGGCUUGGGUUCGUACCUCUUUGCAAUGCUGCGAUGUGUAUAUGCGUUCUCUUGCUAUUAAUGAGCAAGGAAAUAAAUUGGAAAUUCGCACCUCAUGUAAUGCCGAUGUUUGCGGAGAUUUUUGCAUACAACUGGUUCGGUGAGCAGAUUAAAACGAAGAAAAAUAAUCUUAAUCGAGCUAUUUUAAACUUUGACUGGACAAAAUUGGAAUUGAAGGACAAAAAGAAUUACCAAAUAAUUGUAACCUAUAUGAAAAAGGAAUUCGGUAUCAAAACGGCUAUUGGGAAAGACUUGUCGCUUAUUACGAUGACCACAGUACUCAAAAUGAGUUAUCAAGCAUUCACCGUUCUCCAAACAAUGUCCAAUUAG